CUCCCAUCCUUCCAUUCCCUUCAUUCCCUGUUUAUAUAAUAGUAACAGACACACAUACAUAAUUAACCAAUUUUAUAUAUAAAGUAUCACAGCACUAAUUCUUCUGCUAGGAUUCUCUCUCUUUCUCUCUCUCGGUGGCUUAUCCUCUCUUUCUCUCUCAGUGUUAGGGUUUGGAAGUUGUUUUGAUACAUGGUGAUGGAUCCGGGCUCGACUGAUUUUUCCGAUGUGCUAAAUGGUUUUGAAUUUGGUGAUGAGGUGGUUUUACCGGGUUUUGAUUCGCCUCCAAAUUAUGCUAAUACGUUUAAGUUUAAAGAUGAACUUGUCGAUCUUAGUUUCUUGGAUAUUCCUGAUGUCCAACCUGAGCCUGAUUAUGCUGGUCCUGCUACGAACACGAGUACUUCUACUGUUAAUAAUACUUCACCUACUGGUAGUUCCGAAAUGUACUCCCCUGAGGAUAACGACGAUGGUGUGCUAAAGUUCCUUAACCAGAUUCUUAUGGAAGAGAAAAUUGAGGAAAAACCUUCCAUGUUUUAUGAUCCAUUGGCCCUGCAAGCGGCAGAGCAGUCUCUCUAUGAAGCUCUUGGCAAGCAAUACCCUCCUUCCUAUGGGUCGGGUGACGUCUACCAACAUGCUGAUAGCCCAUAUGAUUACUUUACUGGAAGCUCUAGUGAGUACAGUACAAGCAGUGGUGGUACUACUGCUGGAAAUUACUAUGAGCCUCCUCACUGGGUUGCGGACUCUGUAAGUCUUAAAUCUUCUACUGUGCAACAUCAGCCUUCAGAUUAUAACAUAGAUAGCAGAUCACAGUGGUCAGUAACGUCGGAAAACAGCUUGAACAAUAAUUUGAGUGGUGUAUUGGACUCACCUAUGAGCACCCAGGUGAUCCCAAAUAUAUUUAGCGACAGAGAUUCUAUUUUGCAAUUCAAAAGAGGGAUGGAGGAAGCUAGUAAGUUCCUUCCCAAAAUUCCUCAGUUAGUUGUUAACUUAGAUAACUAUGCGUUACGGUCGGACACAAAAGAAGGUCCUCCUGUACUUCAAGUGAAGGUAGAAAAGGAUGAGGAGAUCGCCUUUAGCAGUUUAAGGGGAAGGAAGCAUCUUCUUCAGCAGGAUAGUGUAGUUGAAGAUGAGAGGAGUAGCAAGCAGUUAGCAGUUUAUGAGGAAGAAGUUGAGAUAACAGAACUGUUCGAUAAAGUUUUACUCUCUGGACCUUGCUGUGACAAAGAAGAACCUAUUGAAUUCAGCCCGGCCUUUCAUCAUGAAAAUGGGCUAGCACAUGGAUCUAAUGGCGGCAAGAGUCGUUUCAAGAAAACAGACAGUACAAGUGAAGCAGUAGACCUAAGGACUCUUCUGAUCAGUUGUGCACAGUCUGUUGCUUCUGAAGAUCGCAGAACUGCACAUGAACAAUUAAAGCUGAUUAGGCAGUACUCGUCUGCCUCUGGUGAUGCAUCUCAGAGAUUGGCUAAUAUAUUUGCUAAUGGGCUUGAGGCACGCAUGGCUGGCACUGGCACUCAGUUAUAUGCGGCCCUUUCAUCCAGGAGGAUUUCUGCCACUGAGAAGUUGAAAGCAUACCAAGCAUACCUGAAAGCCUGUCCGUUUAAGAAGACAUCAGUUUUCUUUGCUAAUAAAAUGAUUCUGGAAAAAUCAUCAACUGCCACAACACUUCAUAUUAUUGAUUUUGGUAUCCAGUAUGGUUUUCAGUGGCCAGUUCUUAUCCAGUGUCUCUCAAAGAGACCUGGUGGACCGCCUAAGCUUCGGAUUACGGGAAUAGAGUUGCCCCAGCCUGGUUUCAGACCUGCGGAAUAUAUGGAGGCAACAGGUCGUCGGUUGCGAGGUUAUUGUGAGCGUUUUAAUGUUCCAUUCGAAUACAAUCCCAUAGCAACCCAGAAGUGGGAGACAAUAACAGUGGAGGACCUUAAGAUUAAAAGCGAUGAAGUUGUUGCUGUAAACUGUUUUUUACGUUUCGAGAACCUACUUGACGAGAGUGUUUCAGUGAACAAUCCAAGGGAUGCUGUGCUUGAAUUAAUCAGGAAAGUAAACCCUGCUAUUUUUGUGCAGGCUAUAGUUAAUGGGUCCUACAGCGCACCUUUUUUUGUGACUCGGUUCCGAGAGGCUCUCUUCCAUUAUUCUGCUUUGUUUGAUAUACUUGAUAAUAGUAUGCCUUGUGACGAUCCACAAAGAUUGAAUUUUGAGAGAGAGUUCUGUGGCCGGGAGGUGAUGAAUGUUAUUGCAUGUGAGGGUGUGGAAAGGGUUGAAAGGCCGGAGACAUAUAAACAGUGGCAGGUUCGGAAUAUGAAGGCUGGUUUCAAAAUUCAUCCUUUGAACAAGGAACUCUUGGACAAGCUAAAGUGUAAGGUCAAGUCAGAAUUUCAUAAAGAUUUUGUAUUUGAUGAAGAUGGUCAGUGGAUGUUGACAGGGUGGAAGGGUCGGAUUCUACAUGCUAUUUCUGCAUGGGAACCUGCAUAAAAGUACUUGUAUUCAAGCUGAUCUCCAUGUUACCUAAUUAGUUCCGAGUUAUAGAAGAUUAUAUUAUAUACUUACAGUACUAUCACCUGAGGACAUGUGACAAAUAGCCCGGUGCCUCUUUGUCCAGCAACUCUUUUGAAUAAUUGAACAUCAGGAAGCUUCAAGCAUGUGGAGGGGAGUUGUAGGAUUGACAUCACUAUGCAAGGACUUGGUAGAAAGAUUAUUGUGGUCUUGUGGACAACCUUUGAAAACCAUGUGGGAUGUGUAUGGGAUUAUUCACUUGUCCCUCACUGCUAGUUUACAUUUUUACUUGUUUGUAGGUAAAACAGAGCGUAGGUUCCUAUACUAUAAUGUUGUUGUAUAUUCUAUGAUGCUACAUUGGAUGUACUGAUUUGUGCUAAUAUAUGGUUAUAAUUACCUAA